UUCAGUGCUUUGUAACGCAAGCUUUUGAAUGUUGAACAUCUCUGGCUGCCAAAAAUAGUCCAACUAUUCAACCAAAGCAUUUUUCCUUCUUCUGUAAAAGAGUUUCACUGAAAAUGGCUGAAGCUGCACUCGGUUGUGUUAGUGUGAUCUUGAAUAAGAUACUUCCACUUGCUGCCGACGAGAUCAGCCGGGUAUGGGGUGUAAAGAAAGACCUUCAGAAGCUUGCCAAGAAAGUAGAGAUGAUGGAAGCUUUGAUUUUUGAUGCUAAGUGCAAGCAAUCAACAGGCAAAGCCGUGCAGCUCUGGCUCAAAAGGCUCCGGUCCAUAGCACGUGAUGCUGAGAUCGUGUUGGAUGACUUCGGAUAUGAAGUUCUGCGGCAGAAGGUUGAGAAUCGGAAGCGCGACAAGGAUCGGUCGACUGAUCCUUUUGUGGACGAGUCACAAACGGUGGGAAGGGAGGUUGAGGUGUCUCAAGUUGUAAGCAUGUUAAUUAGCUCAGACUAUAAGAAGGAUUUACCUGUCAUCUCAAUAGUUGGGAUGGGUGGCGGGCACUUUGAUAAAAAAAUAUGGGUAUGCGUGUCUGAUGAUUUCAAAGUGAAAAGGCUGUUGAAUGAGAUGCUACAAUCCCUCGAGGGAAAGAGUGCUGACACAACAAACACGGAAGCAUUGGUGAGGAAGCUUCAAGAAAAUCUGAAAGGAAAAAGUUACUUGCUUGUACUUGAUGAUGUUUGGAAUGAGAAUCGAGAGAAAUGGGAUGGCAUGAGGAGACGUUUGUUGGCAAUUGGGGGUGCUCCGGGAAGCAAAAUAUUGGCUACCACACGUAGUGAUGAGGUAGCCUCAGCAAUGCAAACAUCUGGUUUGCAUCAUCUAGACAUCCUUUCAGAUGAUCAUAGCUGGAUGUUGCUUGAAAAACUAGCAUUUGCAGACGGUGGUGCAAGAAAGACUCAAGAUCUGGUGGACAUUGGCAGAAGGAUACUGAAUAAGUGCGGCGGCGUGCCAUUAGCGAUCAAAGUGAUUGGGGGUUUGUUGUAUUCCAAAAAGGAUGCCUCGGAAUGGUUGAAGCUUGAGAAGAGUGAAAUAUGGAACGAGUCAACCAACACUGAAGGUGGAGUCAUUUCUGUCCUGAAGCUGAGUUACGAGAACUUACCUUCAUUGUCAGUGAAACAAUGCUUUGCAAGUUGUUCCAUUUUCCCGAAGGACGCUGACAUGAAAAAAAAAGCUUGA